AUGGUACAGAAAGCUCUGGUCGUUGCUAAUGUAUGCUUUGUUUUUCUUUCCCAGCUGAGAUACCAGCAUGGCCUGUCCACUCCAGACCUCCGCCAGACCCUGCCCAACCUCAAGAACUUCCUGGAGCACGGCCUUCUGGUCCGAUGGUGAGUACCUGUACUAGUCCACUCUCACUCUCCCAGUGUCUUAGUACUAUUAAGCUACCCCACCUAGCACUGUUGCGCCCACUAUCUCUACUCUACAUUUUUCACUUCAGGGUCCGGUUGCACCAGUUGGUCGUUAGUGGGUCGUAACUCUACGCCCGACGUAAAAUGCGCUCUAUGCCGGACCAAAAAAUUAUACCUAUUGCACCACCUGGGUGUAAACCCUUCAAUGAGCUACGACUGGGCGUAGGGUAUUAAAUUGGGACAAUCUUCAGCAUGAUACCCAUAGAAAAUAAUAGCAGUCUAUAUUUUCAAAAGGAUGUGAGUCUCGUACUCUCACACACACACACACACACACACCACACACACACACACACAGGGCUGAAAUACUCGUCAGGGGGCGGCGGCUGGCAGACUUACAGAGGGGAGAAUUAUGUGUGUGAGAAGGUGCAGUAAGCCUGAACAGGCAAUAAGUUAGGUCCUCGUCACAGGACCCACAUAGUUCUCCCCUCUAACUGAUUCAGACAGCAGGUACUGGGGGACAGGAAGGUGGUCUGACUCUGGGGCUCCACACUGCAGUAGUGAAACACUGAAACAGGGAGGACAUGCAUUCAUUCCUGCUCUCCUUUUGUAUGGGACUUAUUUUAUUGCCCUUCCUCCCCACCGUAUCACUUCCAGUUCCCCCCUGCCUGAAAAAGCCUCAAUUCAGAUUCUAUUUCCAGCGGAGAGGCCAAGCGUAUGAAAUAUGGAUGCAUAAAAAUGCUGUGCGGCAGCUGAAGGGAGUUAACCGGUAGACUGUGAGAGGGAAAGGGGUUUGAUAUCUGUUCCCCUCCCCUCUCCUCUACUCCUAUACAGGGGUGGUGGUGGGGCGAGGGCAUGUCCAAGAGAACCAUUUCCAUCCAUGAACUGUGUAGACGUUUCCGCCUCCAUAUAGAGCUUUCUGCAUGCACAAUAAGCUGACUAGAAGGGCUCUUCUCCUGCAUGGGAACAUGGGCUUUAUCCAGGGGACCUCAUUGGGAAGUACUGUACACUGAGUGCACAAAAAAAUUAGGAACACCUGCUCUUUCCAUGACAUAGACUGACCAGGUAAAUCCAGGUGAAAGCUAUGAUCCCUUAUUGAUUUAUCUUGUUAAAUCCACUUCAAUCAGUGUAGAUAAAUGGAGGAGGCAGGUUAAAGAUGGAUUUUUAAACCUUGAGACAACUGAGACAUGGAUUGUGUAUGUGUGUCAUUCAGAGGGUGAAUGGGCAAGACAAAAGAUUUAAGUGCCUUUGAACGCGGUAUGGUAGUAGGUGCCAGGAGCACCGGUUUGAGUGUGUCAAGAACUGCAACACUGCUGGGUUUUUCACGCUCAAUAGUUUCCCGUGUGUAUCAAGAAUGGUCCACCAACCAAAGGACAUCCAGCCAACCUGACACAACUGUGGGAAGCAUUGGAAUCAACAUGGGCCAGCAUCCCUGCGGAACGCUUUCGACACCUUGUAGAGUCCAUCCCCUGACGAAUUGAGGCUGUUCUGAGGGAAAAUGUUUUGUACACUCAGUGUAUAUGAUUGUUAAGGGUUUGUACUGUAUAGAAAGAGACUGUGUUUUCUUUAAUGUUCCUACACUGAUCCCUUCCUACUAAAACAGUUGCAAACAGAGUAAAGACGUAUGUACAUCUCAGUGGCACAGUGGAAGGACUUGUAAACCUAGCCCCCGAACCAUGCAAGUGGAUAAGGCUUAGGGAGCCAGUUACUUUAGGGUGAAUGCUAGACAAAAAAAAACAUUAGACAAGGAGGAACUUACCAAAGGCAGUUCUUCUUGCUUUGUAAACGGAAUAGCUUGCCGAGUUCAAAACAAACACGUUAAGCUCCUAUUCGUGGUUCGACAUCUGCAGAGGCCCUGGCAGAGGUUCACAGGUCCUAAGCCCGGUGCACCGAGUCUGGGGUGAGGGGGCUGGAUGAUUGAACACAGCCCCGGCCCCGGCUGCUCCCCCAGCCGCCCGGAGGUUCCGAAGAUUCCCCCCAAAACCCCUGGUGAGAGAACAGCGAUAACGGCAUUAAAUCUGAACCCCUCCCUGCUGCCUUCAAACACACACACAGUCCAAGAACACACAGGAGGAAAUGUUUAGCCUGGCUCGUGUGUGUGUGUGUGUGUGUGUGUGCCUGCGUACUGUGUGUCUGUAUCUUCACUUCCCCAAAUUUCCACCUGUGACAACCAAGCAAGUUCAGCCUAAAUGGCCAAUAACACAGUCAGGAAUACUGGUCCUGGUCUGAAUCAGUAACUGAACAUGCAUUGCAGUAAAGCUGAUGGCACACAUCCAGCACAGUAGGUGUUUCAUUAUGUGGAGAUGAUUGUUCCAGUAAAGCCAUAGGGAUGGUAGUUGUUGAGAUGGUAAGGGGAGAUGCCUGAUGUUGUGGGGGAACUCAUACAGUAUAAUGAAUCAAAUAAAGCUAAUUUGUUUGGAUGAGUUCGAGCAUUCCUACACAGACACACACACAAACACACACACACACACACACACACACACAUACACACACGAGUGGCGCAGUGGUCUAAGGCACUGCAUCGCAGUGCUAGCUGUGCCACUAGAGAUCCUGGUUCGAAUCCAGGCUCUGUCGUAGCCGGCCGCGACCGGGAGACCCAUGGGGGGCGGCGCACAAUUGGCCCAGCGUCGUCCAGGGUAGGGGAGGGAAUGGCCGGCAGGGAUGUAGCUCAGUUGGUAGAACAUGGCGUUUGCAACGCCAGGGUUGUGGCUUCGAUUCCCACGGGGGGCCAGUAUGAAAAAAUAAAUAAAUAAUGUAUGCACUCACUAACUGUAAGUCACUCUGGAUAAGAGCGUCUGCUAAAUGACUAAAAUGUAAAUGUAAUGUGUGUGCCUGCGUUUGUCUGUAUGUCUGUCUGUGUGUGUUAGCUGUACAGUGAUCUCUAUGGAUGAGGGAUGAGCUGACAUCUGGAGGAACACUCCCUACCACCAGGUCUCUCUAUGAGACAGCCCAGCACAGCCCAGCACACAGCAGACCUGCUCUCCUCUAUGUGUCACUGAGACACAGAGUAGGGGACUAACAGGGCCAGCUGAUCUAAUUAGUAAUUGCCAUUCGUUGAGGUACUGCAUUGAUCCCCACAGUUAUGUCAUUCUAACACGACAUGUCGCAAAUGAACUGAAUCUGUCUUACUGUGAGACAGUGUGGGGUACUGUAGUUCUCACCUAUAUUUGCAAUGGGUUGGUAUAGCUAGGCUAUUUAUCUGUGUGCCAUACAAAACUGCUGAGAAUCAAGUCAAAUACAACAGUGUGCAGUCACAAUUGGCAACAGUGUUAGUGUUCAUACUAUCGACUUGUUCAAUAUGUUUUACAUGCUGUGCUGUGGUGAUUUUCAUACGAUGGUUACAUUCUCCAUCUUCAAAAGGCCAGACUUGGACAGAGGAGACUUGCACUAUUACAAUAUUUUCAUUUAAACUCCCCUCCACCCCCCGUAGUGUGUAUUACAAUAUUUCAGUUAUAGCAUUUGGUUUAGUAGUUCCUGUGGGAUUUUCGGUUGCCAUGACAUCAAAGCCUGAAUCUUAUCUGUCAUUGUGUGUUUUGGCCCUGAUCACGGCUCCUUAGCAGGAAUUGGAUAUGAAGAGAGCUAUGCCUUGAACCUGAAACAAGGCCUGUCUGAGGAUAAGACAGCGGAAAAUAUUUGGUUUAGUAAAUUCCUGGCCUGCCUGGAAUAUCCAGGGCUGAGUCUGACACAGGCAGAGGAAGAGAGACUCCAUUUAAAACAAACAAGUUGGGAGAAGAGGUGGGCCUAUGCGCCGCUGGCCCUGCCCAGUCUGGGCCUAAUGGUUUAGGCAGAGGGCUCAGGUAGCUUUUAUGUGGUGAAAUCAUUGACAAGGAAGUCCGCCGGGCUUAGAGGACUAGUAAAACUUAAUGAUGAGUUAGAACGUCCAGAGUGAAGUACUGUGUCCCUUUGGCUGUAAAUCACAGGUCGUCUAAUGUCCACCCUGAAAGAGAUGCCUACAGUACAGUAUGCCUGGCUAUACUACCCACACCAACACUGCAACCUACCAUACUAUACAACACUACUAGCCUGGAUUGGUUGCCAUUUAUACUUGGUCCAAGUAUAUAUCGUUUACAGGCACAAUGGGCUAUUGUGUGAAAACUAGACCAUACAUUGCUUCCCUCCAAUGGAGAGUUCUUCUCUUGUAAGUCCGCCAAUAUUCCCUCCAUCCCUCACCAUCCUCCCGCUCUAUGGGUUCCAGGUUUUUCAACAGUAUUCAGGAAAUGUACUACUGCUCUCCCUUCCUCUGAGCAGAGCAAUAAUUACUGUAUGGGGAGUGGUGCAAGGAGGGGGACAGCCUAAUUGGUCUGAAUAAAAAGCAAUGUGUCAAGAGUCAUACUGAGAAAAUGUGCUGCAUGAAAAAAUAUUAUGACAGCCCAUUCAAGGAGAUUUGUGGGGGCUAGCCUCCUCCCCCUCUCCUCCUGCCGCUUCUCCUCAGACUCUUUACUACACUCUUGAUUAAGGGACUUAACUUGACAGCUGUUUAAAAGAACCAAUUUGGAGGGGUGCUUAAUGUAACAAAUAAACGAUCUCCAAACAAGAAAUGCCUUAUUAUCCAGACCUUAUUAUUGUGACAUCUAAACACUCCCAGAGAAGAAGAAGUGGUUAUAUGUUUUACACCGUCUGAUUGUAUAUCAUAUCACUGUGUUUCUGGGCCAAAACACAUGCAGGCGUCAAUGUUGGCCAGCUCUCUCCUGAAUCCUAACCUGGGUUCUCCUGAAGCUGAGAUGGAUUACUGUGUGGUAGGGGUACUGGGAGAGAGUCAGGGAGAAACUAGAAGGCUUGAUAUUAAUUCAAAUCAGAGAUUGGAUCAGUCUCCGAGCUCUUGCCACGAGGACGUCAUUCAGCAAACAACAGACUGAAGGCAGUCAUUAGCGUGUUAUAAAUGAUGCAUGGAAUGUUUGAAACUCCUGCUUAACAAACAGUCAGCUCUGUUUUUUCCAACCUGUCCUCUGUUUGAUAGGGGCCCAGCCUGGACCACGGUUUGGGUUUGCUCGCUGGAAUGAUAAUUCUGUUCUCAUGGAAGGUCUCUUUUUAUUCCCGUCUUCCAAAUCAGGUUUAGUUUUUUAGUUUUGGAGCGUGCUCAAAACACCAUAAUGAUUUUGUUUAAGUUCACAGAUACAAAUCAUUAAUGGAAAACCAUUAAACUUUUGGCUUUUUCGAGAAAACUGAUCAACCGUUUUGAACAGCAUGUUGUUUCUAUUUAUCCUUGGUUUAUGGGAUAUACUGUAUAGUCGCUAAGGGCCAAUGUGAAGGCAAUUGCGUUAGAUGAUGUUUUCAGAUAGACACGCACUGUGAAUAAGUGCAGCACAGUGUAUCCCCAGUUAUUGCUCAGAAAGAAGAGCACUCAUGCCAGAUUAUCUCAACUCAUUAUCUUUAUUUGCUUUACCUUGCAUGAACGUUUGACCUCAUCUUGUGUGUUCCUGUAAGCUUCUUAUUAAAUGUUUGCCGUGAGCUAUAAUUAUGAACAGGUAUGACAUGGGCCAUCCACUGUGUGUGGGUUUCCUCUAUGGGUCCUCUUUUAUAGGACAGGUUGACAGAGUUGGAAAAAGUACCCAAUUGUCAUACUUGAGUAAAAGUAAAGAUACCUUAAUAGAAAAUGACUCAAGUGAAAGUCACCCAGUAAAAUCCUACUUGAGUAAAAGUAAAAAAGUAUUUGGUUUUAAAUAUACUUAAGUAUCAAAAGUAAAUGUAAUUGCUAAAAUAUACUUAACUAGUAGAAGUAAAAGUAUAAAUAAUUUCAAGUUCCUUAUAUUAAGCAAACCAGACGGCAUGAUUUUCUUGUUUUUUAAAUUUAUGGAUAGCCAGGGCCACACUCCAAUACUCAGACAUAAUUUACAAACAAAGCAUUUGUGUUUAGUGAGUCCGCCAGAUCAGAUGCAGUAGGUAUGACCAGGGAUUUUUUCUUUAAGGGCGGGAAUUAGACCAAUUUCCUGUCCUGCUAAGCAUUCAAAUGUAACGAGUACUUUUGGGUGUCAGGGAAAAUGUAUGGAGGAGAAAGUACAUCAUUUUCUUUAGGAAUUUUAUUUUUUAUUUUUUUAUUUUACCUUUAUUUAACUAGGCAAGUCAGUUAAGAACACAUUCUUAUUUACAAUGACGGCCUACACCGGCCAAACCCGGACAACACUGGGCCAAUUGUGCGCCGCCCUAUGGGACUCCCAAUCACGGCCGGUUGUGAUACAGCCUGGAAUCGAACCAGGUCUGUAGUGACGCCUCAAGCGCUGAGAUGCAGUGCCUUAGACCACUGCGCCACUCGGGAGCCCUAUGUAGUGGAGUAAAAGUAAAAGUACUUGUAAAAGUUGUCAAAAAUAUAAAUUGUAAAGUACAGAUACCCCAAAAAACUACUUAAGUAGUACUUUAAAGUAUUUUUACUUAAGUACUUUACACCACUGCAGGUUGAGGACACUCUGCUGUCCUGUCUUGUCUGUGACUCACUCAUCAGCAGUGAGCUGUGUGUUUGUGUGUGUCUGUGUGUGUGUGUGUGUGUGUGUGUGUGUGUGUGUGUGCAUGCGCUAGUGCUGAGCAAUUUACCAAAAUGUGUUAUUUUCUGUUUUUUAAACAACUAUUUGACCGAUGUUGGUUCAAUUAUUUGAAUUCCAUUUCGUUCAGUUUUUUUUUCCUGUGAGCUCAGUGCGCAGUUUUUCUAGAGAUAAAUCAGAUCAAGCCUGAACAUUGCGAUGUAGUAGGGAGUUGUAGUUUCCAACAGGCCAAUAUUGUAUAUAGUUUAGCGCAGAAAACGUGGUAAUUAACUACCAUAAUCCAUUGCGCGUCUACUUGUCCGUUCUGUGUGGGGCAGACACUGAGCGGGAGAGAAUAGACAGAAGAACGUGCGAUCGAGAGGGAUAGAGAGAAGUUGCUUCGCGAGGUAUCUACCUGAAAAUACAUUAUCUACAGUUGAAGUCGGAAGCACGUGGGUGGCAGCAUCAUGGUGCACUUCACAAAAUCUAAAGACAUCAGUCAGGAAGUUAAAGCUUGGUCGCAAAUGGGUCUUCCAAAUGGACAAUGACCCCAAGCAUACCUCCAAAGUUGUGGCAAAAUGGCUUAAGGACAACAAAGUCAAGGCAUUGGAGUGGCCAUCCCAAAGCCCUGACCUCAAUCCUAUAGAAUAUGUGUGGGCAGAACUGAAAAAGCAUGUGCGAGCAAGGAGGUCUACAAACCUGUCUCAGUUACACCAGCUCUGUCAGGAGGAAUGGGCCAAAAUUCACCCAACUUAUUGUGGGAAGCUUGUGGAAGGCUACCCCUAACGUUUGACCCAAGUUAAACAAUUUAAAGGCAAUGCUACCAAAUACUAAUCGAGUGUAUGUAAACUUCUGACCCACUGGGAAUGUGAUGAAAUAAAUAAAAGCUUAAAUAAAUCAUUCUCUCUACUAUUAUUCUGACAUUUCACAUUCUUAAAAUAAUGUGGUGAUCCUAACUGACCUAAGACAGGGAACUUUUACUAGGAUUAAAUGUCAGGAAUUGUGAAAAACUGAGUUUAAAUGUAUUUGACUAAGGUGUAUGUAAACUUCCGACUUCAACUGUAAGUGAUUGAUAGUUGGUAUUCAGCAUUCUUGAAAGUCUCCCUUUACUUUGAAGAACUACUAAAAUAGGUAUUUUGUCAGACAGCAUAGGCAGCAGCUCUGUAGAGAUGAGAUGAUUACCUGGAAUGAAAUAAUAAAGUCAUCAAAUAAAACUGAAAUAUUUUAUUAAAGUAAAGUAAGCAGUAAUUAGUAAUGGGCAGCCACUACCAUCAUGGGACUUGUAUUAAUAGUUGUAUUCUGUGUUGUUACAGCAUUCAACCCACAUAAUGCAUAGUGCAUUUAAUGUUUUAAAAAAUAAUCAAAGCUGAAAUCGGAAACCGUGAUAUAUUUUUUUAUCAUCGAACUGAAACCGAACUGGCCUCAAAAAGCACUAAUCGCUCAGCACUAGUAUGCGCACACGUGUGUGUUUUUAAACCCUGUGUGUGAACUCUUAUGUCAGUGCCCUGUGCUCUGCUGUCUCCACGGGGGGCAGGGGCCGCGGUCAGGACCCUCUUAACAAGCUACCAUGUGUUGAGUCCUGAAGUACUCCCAUCAAACAGUUAGGCAAAGACCAGUCAGUCGCUGUGUGUUUGAAACAUCCCCUGGCAUAGGCCUCUAGGUCCUCUCUGUGUGUGCGUCCUGCUGCCACACGCUAGACUAGACUAUCUGGCGUCUGAUACAGGGACAUCACCACCCAGUGACCUCACCACCCCUUUAACCCAUUUUAACUAGCCAGGAUCACUUACCCAGGCUCCUCUGCUCUCUAACCAGCCACAGGUGGACCUCUGACAGCACAGGGGCUCAAUUUCACCUUUGACCCCAUGAGAUAUCCCUCCAAUGUCUCCUCUCAUACCUGAAUGACCAGGUUAAGUAUGGCUAAACAGCUAUGGACCCCUUGUUUAAGUUAAUUUACGGUUAGGAUUUGCAUGGGACAAAUGAGGGUUGCUCUGUCCUGUCUGUUAUCUGUUAUUUCUGCAAAAAUGUCUUGCAUACUUUCUAGGAGGCAUGCUGUGAGCUUCCACUCUGCAUGGCCCUGUCGUUGCGUGAGCUGAGAAAAUGUUUUUGAAUGUAAUAAUGGGGAGUGAUUUGCAGUGGGCCAGCUGUCUGGGAUCUGGUUCAGGAGGGGGGAGAGAUGAGAUACAGAACCAUGUUCGAUCAGAGAGGCCUGGGGGCUGGGCAGGGGGGAGCCUUCCUCCCUCUAUCCCUCCCUCUCUCCAUAACCCUUGAACGUAAAAGACUUAUGAGCAUAUCCAUCAUAUCCUGUUUCAUUCAUUCUUUCUUUCUUUCUCUCCCUGCCUCCCUCUCUCUUGCUCUCUCUCUCUCUCCUUCUCUCCCACAGUGACCGGCAUCAUGUCUCCAGCUCCAUCCCGGUCCCGACAGGAGCCAAGUCUCAGUUCAGAGUCUCGGCUGCGUCAGAGGUGGGAUUCCCCACCGACACCAGCUCUCCAGACCGGGGCUCGCUGAGGAAGAGGGCCAGCUCCGAGGCCGACAAGCAGAAGUACAAAGCCUCUCUUCCUCCCAGCUACAACACGGCCAUGGCCAUAGACCAGCCCCAGGGGGGCCUGGCGCCGCCCUCCCCCUCCCACAAACACAUGUCCUCCUCCCUGGACGCUAGCAUCGACCUGGCCAAGACUCUGGAGGACCAGGCACAGCAGACACCAGCCCCAGGGGAGGGGGAUGGAGACGGAGAGGUAGAAUUGGUGGAGGAGGAGCAACUGCCUUCCACUACCACAGGAGGCUCAGAUUGCCCCACUCCGGCUCAGGACACCACCGUUGAGGAAGUGGAGGAGGUGGCGCUCACCAGCCAGCAGCAUGCAGACCAUACCAUGAAUGGCUCAGUGGUGCCAGGCGAUGGGCUGGCGGGGUCCGCAACAGGGCUAACAGUGACCAUGGCAUUGAACCCAGAGUUGUGCUGCUCGGUGGAGCAGGCAGAGGAGGUCAUGGGGACUGAGGCCACAUGCCUGGGACUGGGGAUGGGACUGGGGGAUGGGGCCAGGCUGGAGGACUACCCCUGCAUCCCCGUGGAGCACGCCGUAGCUGUGGAGUGUGAUGAGCAGGUGCUGGGCGAGCUGGACGCCGCCGGCUUCGAGGAGUUCUCCCGCCGCAUCUAUGCACUAAAUGAGAACAUGUCCAGCUUCCGCCGGCCACGCAAGAACUCCUCUGAGAAGUGA